GGGAAGCGCGGAGAGCCUAGGAGGGCAGGCGGUGGUGGGGCUGCCCGCCUCGCCGUCCGUUUCACGCCGCCGGCCCACGCCGCAGUGUGUUUUGUGGACGGCGCCUUCCCAGACAGCCCGGUAGAGCCCAGCUCGGCGCCCGGCAGCCUUCGUCGCGAUGUUCCGCCGGAGCUUUAAUCGUUUUUGUGCUGGAGAAGAGAAAAGAGUUGGUACACGCACAGUGUUUGUUGGCAAUCAUCCAGUUUCAGAAACAGAAGCUUACAUUGCACAGAGAUUUUGUGAUAAUAGAAUAGUCUCAUCUAAGUAUACACUUUGGAACUUCCUCCCAAAGAAUCUGUUUGAACAGUUUAGAAGAAUUGCAAAUUUCUAUUUUCUCAUCAUUUUCCUUGUACAGGUCACGGUAGACACACCAACGAGCCCCGUUACCAGUGGACUUCCGCUUUUCUUUGUUAUAACUGUUACAGCCAUCAAGCAGGGAUAUGAGGAUUGGCUGAGACACAGAGCUGACAAUGAAGUCAACAAAAGCACUGUUUACAUUAUUGAAAAUGCAAAGCGAGUGAGAAAAGAGAGUGAAAAAAUCAAGGUCGGUGAUGUAGUAGAAGUACAGGCAGAUGAAACCUUCCCCUGUGAUCUUAUUCUUCUGUCGUCCUGUACCAGUGAUGGGACCUGCUACGUUACUACGGCCAGUCUUGACGGGGAAUCCAAUUGCAAGACACAUUAUGCAGUGCGUGAUACCAUUGCGCUGUGUACAGCCGAAUCCAUUGAUACCCUCCGAGCAGCAAUUGAAUGUGAACAGCCUCAACCUGACCUCUACAAGUUUGUUGGGCGGAUCAAUAUCUAUAGUAAUAGUCUUGAGGCGGUCGCCAGGUCUUUGGGACCAGAAAAUCUCUUGUUGAAAGGAGCUACCCUAAAAAACACCAAGAAGAUAUAUGGAGUUGCUGUUUACACUGGGAUGGAAACCAAAAUGGCUUUGAACUACCAAGGGAAAUCUCAGAAACGUUCUGCUGUUGAAAAAUCCAUUAACGCCUUCCUGAUUGUGUAUUUAUUCAUCUUACUGGCCAAAGCUGCAGUGUGCACGACUCUAAAGUAUGUUUGGCAAAGUACCCCAUAUAACGACGAACCUUGGUAUAACCAAAAGACUCAGAAAGAGCGGGAGACUUUGAAGGUUUUGAAAAUGUUCACUGACUUCCUGUCAUUCAUGGUUCUAUUCAACUUCAUCAUUCCUGUCUCCAUGUAUGUCACAGUAGAAAUGCAGAAAUUCUUGGGCUCUUUCUUCAUUUCAUGGGAUAAGGAUUUCUAUGAUGAAGAAAUUAAUGAAGGAGCCCUGGUCAACACAUCAGACCUUAAUGAAGAACUUGGGCAGGUGGAUUAUAUAUUUACAGACAAGACUGGAACGCUCACGGAAAAUAGCAUGGAAUUCAUCGAGUGCUGCAUAGACGGCCACAAGUAUAAAGGCGUAGCUCCGGAGACUGAUGGACUCUCUCAAACUGACGGGCCCUUAACGUAUUUUGACAAAGCGGAUAAGAACCGAGAAGAGCUCUUUCUGCGUGCCUUGUGUUUAUGUCAUACUGUAGAAGUUAAAACAAGUGAUGCUGUGGAUGGGCCUCCCGAAUCAGCGGAAUUGACGUAUAUGUCCUCUUCGCCAGAUGAAAUCGCUUUGGUGAAAGGAGCGAAAAAGUACGGGUUCACGUUUGUAGGAAUUCGGAAUGGCCAUAUGAGAGUAGAGAACCAAAGAAAAGAAAUAGAAGUGUACGAACUCCUUCAUACCUUAAACUUCGAUUCUGUCCGCCGUCGUAUGAGUGUAAUUGUGAAAACUCAAGCAGGAGACAUACUUCUCUUUUGUAAAGGAGCAGACUCUGCGGUUUUCCCCAGGGUGCAAAAUCAUGAAAUUGAGUUAACUAAAGCCCAUGUGGAACGUAAUGCUAUGGACGGGUAUCGGACACUUUGUGUAGCCUUCAAAGAAAUCUCCCCAGAUGAUUAUGAAAGAAUUAACAGACAGCUCAUUGAGGCGAAGAUGGCCUUACAAGACAGAGAAGAAAAAAUGGAAAAGGUUUUUGAUGAUAUUGAGACAAAUAUGAAUUUAAUUGGAGCCACUGCAGUGGAAGACAAGCUACAAGAUCAAGCAGCCGAGACCAUUGAAGCUCUGCAUGCAGCAGGUCUGAAAGUCUGGGUGCUUACCGGGGACAAGAUGGAGACGGCCAAAUCCACCUGCUAUGCGUGCCGCCUUUUCCAAACCAGCACCGAGCUCUUGGAACUGACUACAAAAACCAUCGAAGAAAGUGAAAGGAAGGAGGAUCGAUUACAUGAAUUGUUGAUAGAAUAUCGGAAGAAGUUGCUGCAUGAUUUUCCUAAAAGUACUAGAAGCCUUAAAAAAGCAUGGACAGAACAUCAGGAAUACGGAUUAAUCAUCGAUGGCUCCACAUUGUCACUCAUACUCAAUUCCAGCCAGGACUCCAGCUCUAACAACUACAAAAGCAUCUUCUUACAGAUCUGUAUGAAGUGUACCGCAGUGCUGUGUUGCCGGAUGGCCCCGCUGCAGAAAGCCCAGAUUGUCAGAAUGGUGAAGAAUUUGAAGGGCAGCCCGAUAACACUGUCGAUAGGCGACGGUGCCAACGAUGUUAGUAUGAUCUUGGAAUCCCACGUGGGAAUAGGUAUUAAAGGCAAAGAAGGUCGCCAAGCAGCCAGGAAUAGCGAUUAUGCCGUUCCGAAGUUUAAACAUUUAAAGAAAUUGCUACUGGCUCACGGACAUCUAUAUUACGUGAGAAUAGCACACCUUGUACAGUAUUUCUUCUACAAGAACCUUUGUUUCAUUUUGCCACAAUUUUUGUACCAGUUCUUCUGUGGAUUCUCACAACAGCCGCUGUACGAUGCCGCUUACCUUACAAUGUACAACAUCUGCUUCACAUCCUUGCCCAUCCUGGCCUACAGCCUACUGGAACAGCACAUCAACAUUGACACCCUGGCCUCGGAUCCCCGACUGUAUAUGAAAAUCUCUGACAAUGCCAUGCUCCAGUUGGGGCCCUUCUUAUAUUGGACGUUUCUGGCUGCAUUUGAAGGGACAGUGUUCUUCUUUGGGACCUACUUUCUCUUUCAGACUUCAUCCCUGGAAGAAAAUGCAAAGGUAUAUGGAAACUGGACUUUUGGAACCAUUGUUUUUACAGUCUUAGUAUUCACUGUAACUCUGAAGCUCGCCUUGGAUACUCGUUUCUGGACGUGGAUAAAUCACUUUGUGAUUUGGGGUUCUUUAGCCUUUUAUGUAUUUUUCUCAUUCUUCUGGGGAGGAAUUAUUUGGCCUUUUCUCAAACAACAGAGAAUGUAUUUCGUAUUUGCUCAAAUGCUAUCUUCUGUAUCUACAUGGUUGGCCAUAGUUCUUCUAAUAUUUAUCAGCCUUUUCCCUGAGAUUCUCCUGAUAGUCUUAAAGAAUGUAAGAAGAAGAAGUGCCAGGGUGCAUCACUUAAUUUCCUCUUCUGCAUAAAAAGUAUAGUAAAAACUCCGUUAUCCAAUGCAGGUGAAUCCGAAUCUUGAACUGCCUAUGUUAUUGUCCUACAAGCAUAUUGACAGUGGUUACAGCUAAAAAAGAAAGCACGAAGACACAACUACGAAAAGUUGUCAUCUCAGGAUACGUAAUAUGCAACAAACUAAACCCCUCUCUUGUGUCUAGGGUUCAGAAUAAAUGUCCAUUACAAUACCAAAUGACUCUCUUAAGCAUUUACAGUUAUCGUAAGUAGCCGUUAUGGCCAAAGCUCUAAGUUAUGAGUCCUAUGAAAGUUGAAAGCGAGAAGAAUAAUUAGAAUUUCUGGCUUUAGAUAGACGACUAUAACUACCAAGUGGGUGCUCUUUUAACCCAUGAACUCUGUGAAUGGAUUUAAAUACAGUAGUAUAAAGUAGAAGUGAUACAAUGGGAAUGAAUAGAUUUGGCUAAUAUUACUUUUUUUUUGCCUGGUAGAAGACAUAGGCUGUUUGGACCACAUUUCUUGUUCCUGCUGAGUGAUAAUCUUAAAUUAUUUUGUUUUCAAACAUAUGAAAGGAAUACUUGAAAAUACAAGAAGACUAAAUGGUAUCAGUGCAUCAGAAUAAUUCGUCCUUUCUGUUCACCCACAUGCUAAUUCUGUCCUCAUGGAAUAGCCUUGCCAAAAACUAACCUUGAACCCUUACGUGGAAAGAAUGUGAAUCCUGGAUAUUUUUGUGAGAAUCAACAAAAAUUACUUAUUUUUGUUCUUCUGAAUUAAACCCCACUUAAUGCGUGGACGGCUACCAGAUUAUUUUCAAAAUAAAACAUUUCCAGUCACUUAGUAAGUAGCCCCUCGAAAGAGUUAAGAUCUAACGGAUAUUUUCCAGUAUUCAUUUUCCUGGGGUCUGAGGUGGGAUAGGCAAAACCAUAGUCACAUAAAACUAAAGCCAUCUGAGUAUCCGUGUUUUAUCAUUUUCUGUGGAGAGGUGAAAAAAUAGCUUAUUUCCAACUGUUAACGGUUAUUUUUGGAAAGAGACUGCGUUUGUACAUCCAUGCAGCACUUUCGUUUUGAACUUGCCAAUUCGGGAAGGAGGGAUCCGUCCCAAGACCGCGAUUCGGCCUGCGCAGCCAUGACUCUGAACUUGAAUGUUCUCUCUUAGCAAACAUGGUUAGGUGACGGUCUGACUCUCAGCCGUGAGAUUCACCUUGGUGAAGGCCUUGACUUCCUGGACUAGGAGGAGGCUUUAGCCUCCUACGGAGUUCACUGAACACAUCAGAAUAAAUGUGAAAUAUCUUUAUUAAGUGUCAAAAUCAAACACAUUUUGGGGGAUAAAAAUGGCUACAUUUGACUACUAGCUUGAAAGGGGCUCUUAAACAGUGUUUUCAGAAGCGCCUGGCUGGCUCGGUCGGUAGGCCACGCGGCCCUUGGAUCUUAGGGUCGUGCGUCUGAGCCCUGUGUUGGGCAUAGAGAUUACUUUUCUAAAAAAGUGUUUUCAUACCGGUUUCCUUUUUUGGGUGUCUUUCUGGCAUGCCCGUACUAUUAUUCGUGUUUCUGUUGUACCUUGCUUUAGGAAAGCGUUGGACCCAAUCUAUACCGGUGUAUUUAUGUGGUCCGUGUGGCCCAUUUGAUUCUCCCAUAUGUAAUUUGGGUCCGUAUUUAGGUGUCAUUUUUCUUGAAUUCUAGGAAGGACAUAAUUCCGGUUACCGGAAACCAUUCCAUCAUCGUGACCCUUUUACGUUACUUCAUUUGUUCUCAUCUAUCAGUAUUAUCUUUGAGUCUUUUGUCGGAUGUCCUUCACAGCUUACCUGACUGAGUGCGCUGUGUUCUCUAGCCUGUGUUUGAGGUAAUCUGCUGAAAACAAAGUCUGUACAUUCUUUGCCUAUUCCAAAGAGCUAAAAAGUCAGACCCAGGAAAGCUUUUGACGUUUUUUGUUGUUCUUCCGCUUGUUGCGGCUGUCGCCGUGUUGUUGCCGUUGUUGUUUUACAGAAGUGCCGUAUGGGAUGUGAACACACGCGAGAGACCCGCAAUACAGAGAGAGGCCCGUUUAACGCAAACCACUGGAGAGUGGCCUCAUCAGAAUAUGCAGGGUAGCGGACAUGUAACUGGUGGCGUGGCGCAUUCCUUGCCGCCAGGAGGGUGACUGAGGGGGACUUAAGGUCCUAUCUCAGCUACGCGUUACGCCGCAGCUCAAAUUCACGAUGGUGAUCGUCGUGGCCUAGAUCCUUGAGAGGGACCUGACUUUGCUUUUGUGAAAGGUAUUUUAGUAACGAGCUAAGUAAGAACUGGUUAGCGGGGGAUUAGGCGGACGGAACAACUCGAAGUAAGCCGUCCCCCGGUGUUCCUAGCUCGACAGUCUAACCACCUUGUUUUGUGACAGAGAAAGGGGGAGAAUGUAAUGGCAGGCUCACAUAUACCCAUCAUUGGAACCACUCUAAACUGUCAAGAUGUCCUUGUAAUUUUCACAACCGUCGUCCCUUGUUUGAAGGUGUAACCUACUGAGCGUAAACCAUAAAUUCCCUCUCUACAACAUCUACACCAGCAGCAGUAUAAAUGUAAGCCAAAAUUUGCAAGAUCCAUAAUAAUUUCGUGAUGGAAUUUUUUUAAUAACAUGCAGUAUAGAAAUGUGCAGAUUUUAUGCAAGUGUUAACCAAAUCACUUUUCAGCUUGCAACAUGGGACUGCAGUACUACAUUUUUCACUUAAGCAGUUUUUUACAUCCACGUCGUUGCUUUCUAUAAUGACUGUGAAUGCCAUCUUUUAUGAAUGCAACUUGCCUUUUUCAUUACAGAAAUUUUUGUUUGAUGUAUCAAUAAACUUUGGUAUGAUACGA